UCUAGUCGAACUCGAGCAGAGCGUUUGAUCCGAUCUCCGUCGUCGUCGUCGAAUCAAUUGAGAAAUGGCGAAGCGUUUGAUCCCGACACUUAACCGUGUAUUGGUGGAGAAGGUUCUUCCACCGUCGAAGACUGUCUCCGGCAUUCUCUUACCGGAGAAAUCAGCUCAGUUGAAUUCGGGGAAGGUGAUAGCAGUUGGUCCUGGAGCUAGAGACAGAGCAGGGAAUCUGAUUCCUGUUUCGGUUAAGGAAGGAGACAGUGUUCUUUUGCCUGAAUUUGGUGGUACUGAAGUUAAGCUUGGAGAGAAAGAGUUCCUAUUGUAUAGGGAUGAAGAUAUCAUGGCUACACUUCACGAUUGAUUUGUUGAAGAGAUAGAAUUGGAGCAAUUGGUGAUUGAUCAUCGGAUUUGUUGUCCGCAAUUUGAGUUCGACAUUUUCGAUCUGUUGUUAUGAUUGAUUGUUCUUCACUGUUGACAACAAGUUUUUAUAAUUCAAUAAUUUUCUUAUGA